CAGUAAGGAUUAGGUUAGUCUCGAGAACGUGUUCUACGGUGCUAAAUGUAUGAUGUAGCUUGAUGGAGCAAAAUAGAGGCGGCAAAGGAUAGAAAUUUUUGUAGCAUUCUACGACGAAUGCCUCCUCUCAAGAUAAAAGAAAUUAGUUCGAACUAUUUGACACAGCAAGAGGAUGAUAAUUAUUAAAACAUGUCGAGGAUUUUAUAACUAUCACGACCACUACUACUACAUAACAGAUCAUUAAUAUCUUCUUGAAACUUUGUGUAAAAGCUGAAGAUUUCAUUUUGGAUUAAGUCAUAAUCGGAAGAUUAAAAAAGAAGAUUUUGUGUGCUGUGAUGUAUAACGAAUCGUAUUAUUUAAAUUCGCAUUCAGUGAUAAUUUUGUUCUCAAUCGUUAAGUACUCGAUUAUUAAAGAGAUAUUUAAGUGGAUUUCGAGAUAAGUGUCACUUUAAGUUAACGUGAUUAAGAAGAUUACUGUGCUUGAUUUAUUAGUUAUAUAUUUUAAUACGAUUGCUUUUUAACAAUUACAAUAUAUUAUCGUAUAUCUUUUAUAUAAGAAGCAAACAUUUGAUUAAUCUAUUUAAAACAAAAGGAAAAUCAUGGAUUCAAGUAAAUCAAAGAUUAGGCCUAAUCCAAGAGAAAAGGCAAAUAUACUUUCUGUACUAUUUUGGUGGUGGUCGUUGAAUUUAUUUAAAAUUGGCUACAAAAAAGUAUUAGAAACAGAUGAUUUAUAUGAUCCCUUGAAAGAAGAUCAUUCUACAAUUCUUGGAGAUAGAUUAGAAAAACGAUGGAAGAUCGAAUUGGAAAAUUCGAAGAAACGAAAACGAAGUCCGAAUUUUUUGAGAGCGAUAUUUCGUACUUUUUUAAUGGAAUAUUUACUUUUAGGAUUACUACAGAUACUUAAUGAAUUUGUAAUAAGAUUAGGAACACCAUUACUAUUGGGUGGUCUUUUAAGAUAUUUUAGAAAGGGUAGCGGAGAAACAUACCAAACUGCACUUUUAUAUGCAUCCGGUAUUUGCAUAGCAACAGCAAUUAGCGUCAUUACAAUUAAUCAAACAAUAUUUAAAGCAUUUCACAUUGGUGCUAAAGUAAGAGUUGCUGCUUGUUCCCUAGUCUACAGAAAAGCAUUACGAUUGAGUCAAACGGCAUUGAGGGAUACUGCUCCAGGAAAAGUAGUCAAUUUAGUGGCUAAUGAUGUUAAUAGAUUCGAUCUUGUUUCCAUUUUUGUACAUCAUAUGUGGUCCGCACCACUUUCUGCUUUAAUCAUUGCUUAUUUUCUUUAUACUGAAGCUGGAUAUUCUGGUCUCUUUGGCAUCGCUGCAGUUUUUGUGGUCGUACCAAUUCAGUCUUAUACCGGCAAAUUGUCUUCCAAGUUCAGAUUACAGACAGCUAUAAAAACCGAUGAACGUGUACGUCUGAUGGACGAGAUUAUUUCUGGCGUGCAAGUAAUAAAAAUGUAUGCUUGGGAAAAACCCUUCUGUGCGUUGGUUGAAUUGGCUAGGAAAUUGGAAUUGCAAAUAGUCAGUAAGAGCUCUUCUAUUCGUGGUAUUUAUAUGACUUUUAAUUUAUUUACCACGAGAAUGGCACUUUACUGUACACUCGUAUCAAUGAUUUUGCUUCACAAUGAAUUGACUGCCGAAAAAGUAUUCGUAUUUUCAUCGUACUUCAAUAUUCUUGCUCAAUCAAUGUCGGGAAUGUUUGUACGUGGUUUUGCCGAAAUUGCGGAAUGUCUUGUGGUAGUAAAAAGACUUCAAAACUUCUUGAUGUACGACGAAUUUCGUAGUAAUAAUAUUACUAUUAGUAAUAAAUUAUCGAGAAGUCCUAACGGUAGUAUUACCUCUAUAUCGAGACAAACUUCGAUCAGAGCAUCUAGACAAGAUUUGCCUUACAUGGAUGAUGAUGAUGUCAAUGAUGAAAAUUAUAUUGAUGAUAACGGAACAAAUUUACAAAAUGGAUUGGUCAUCGUUGCCACCGAUUUGUUGAAAAACACCGCUCAUCUUGUUAGUGAUAAACGUGCUUCCACAGCCGAUGAUUUAUAUGCAAUUACGAUGACUAAUGUAGUUGCAAAUUGGGAUUCUAAUCAUACAGAUACAAUAUUAGAAGGUAUACAAUUAUCAUUAGAGAAAGGAAAAUUAUAUGCAGUUAUUGGGAUGGUAGGAUCAGGUAAAAGUUCACUACUUUCGACGAUACUCGGUGAGAUGAAUAUCAUAAGUGGCGUUGUGAAAUGUUACGGUAAUGUGAGUUAUGCUUGUCAAGAGGCAUGGGUAUUUGGUUCUACCGUUAGACAAAAUAUUCUAUUUGGACAACCGUACGAUCGUCAACGUUAUCAGCGUAUAGUCAAAGCUUGUGCCCUUCUUAGAGAUUUCAAACAAUUUCCACAGGGUGAUUUAACGAUCGUUGGUGAUAGAGGAAGUUCUUUAUCUGGUGGUCAAAAAGCUAGAAUCAACUUGGCAAGAGCAAUGUACAAGCAAGCGGAUAUUUAUCUUUUAGAUGAUCCUUUGAGCGCGGUUGACGCCCAUAUAAGUAAACAUCUUUUUGAAGAAUGUCUUCAACGAUAUUUGGCAAAUAAAACUCGAAUAUUGGCAACACAUCAAUUGCAAUACAUAAAAGAAGUCGAUGCUAUAAUACUUAUGGAACGUGGAAAAUUCAAAAUGUAUCAAAACUAUCACGAUCUUCUGAUCGAUUAUCCCGAAUAUAGUAGUUUAUUGGCAACAGAUAACGAGAUGGGCGAAGAUACUUCCUUGGAUAAGAUUUCGAUACGAAGACAAUUUUCCUCAUUGAGUAAUAGAAGCCAUACGCCAGAAGCUAGUAGCGCUUGUACGGAUGACGAAGAAGAAAACGAAGAUAUUGAAACACUUGAUAACGGUUUGGAAGGAACAUCACGGGGCGUAAUUAAAGGGUCCAUUUUUAUUCGAUAUUUUCAAGAUGGUGCCAAUCUCUUUCUUGCCUUCAUAAUCUUGCUUUUAAUUAUUGUCACUCAAUGCGUCGCAAGUCUUAAUGAUUAUUUUAUUCCAAUCUUGGUUACUGAAGAAGAGACAAUACAUUAUCAAAAUGCUCAACUUAAUGCCACUGAGGAAAAUGCAGUACUAGGACGAAUAAGUGAUACUUAUAUUUAUAUUUAUACUGGAAUUGUUCUUGGAUUAUUCAUUAUUGGGAUAACGAGAUCUUUAAUUUUUUAUAAAAUGUGUAUGCUAUGCAGUCAACGUUUAUACGACAUGACUUUUAGCGCAUUGAUUAGAACUAGCAUGAGAUUUUUUGAUACCAAUCCUAGCGGAAGAAUACUUAAUAGAUUUUCCAAAGAUAUUGGAGCUAUUGAUGAAUUAUUGCCUAAGGCUUUAUUAGAUGCUGGUCAAAUAUGUAUGCUAAUGUUUGGAUCAUUGGCAGUAUCAUGUAUAGUGAAUCCAAUGUUUUUAAUACCUGUAAUAUUUUUGGGAACGCUAUUUUAUUGGAUUCGUAAAGUUUAUCUUAAAACUAGUAAGAAUAUUAAACGUCUAGAGGGCAUGACACGAUCACCAGUGUUCACACAUUUAAAUGCCACGUUAAAUGGUCUUUCAACAAUAAGAGCAUACGGCGCACAAGAAAUAUUAAAAAAGGAGUUCGAUAAAUUUCAAGAUACGCACACGUCUACAGUGUACAUGUAUAUUGUAACUAGUACAGCAUUUGGAUUUUCUUUGGAUAUAUUUUGUUUCAUAUUUACAUCACUUGUCACUUUCAGCUUUCUUUUACUGAAUACAAGUUUUUCUGGCGGAGAAGUAGGCUUGGCAAUUACGCAAGUUAUGGCUAUGACUGGUAUGAUACAAUGGGGUAUGCGACAAAGUGCCGAAAUAGCUAAUCUAAUGAUGUCCGUUGAACGUAUCCUUGAAUACUCGCAACUUCCACCAGAAGCUAAUUUACGUAAUAAAGGAAAAUUCUAUAAGAAAAUUGACAAACAAAUUACCAACGAAUUACCUCAAAGUGCACCUAAGAAUUGGCCUAGCCAAGGUUGUAUUAGAUUUACAAAUGUAUAUAUGAAAUAUACAGAUGAGGAUCCACCGAUUUUGAAAAAUUUAAAUUUUUUGGUCCUUCCACGUGAGAAGGUUGGUAUCGUGGGAAGAACAGGUGCAGGAAAAUCGUCAUUAAUAUCAGCAUUAUUCAGAUUAGCAAAGGUUGAAGGAGUUAUUGAAAUUGAUAAUAUUGAUACAGGAUCUAUAUUUUUAGAAGAUUUACGAAGUAAUAUAUCAAUCAUUCCUCAAGAUCCAGUUUUAUUCUCAGGAACAUUAAGACGUAAUCUCGAUCCAUUUGAUGAAUUCACGGAUAAUGUUGUUUGGGAAGCUUUGGAAGAAGUCGAAUUAAAAGAAGCAAUAAUAGGAAAUGGAAAUGGUUUAGAAUUACGAGUACUUGAUAGAGGUAGUAAUUUCAGUGUUGGUCAAAGACAACUGAUAUGUUUGUCAAGAGCAAUUUUACGAAAUAAUCGUAUCUUAAUGCUCGAUGAGGCAACGGCCAAUGUAGAUCCACAAACGGAUGCUUUGAUACAACAUACGAUAAGAAAGAAGUUUGCUUCUUGUACAGUAUUGACUGUUGCACAUCGAUUAAAUACUAUAAUGGAUAGUGAUAAAGUAUUGGUUAUGGACAAGGGUCGUAUGGCGGAAUAUGAUCAUCCACAUAUACUAUUACAAAAUAAAUAUAGUCAAUUUACUUCAUUAGUAAAAGAAACAGGUAGGGCUAUGUCCGAUCAACUUAUUAAAAUGGCCAAACAAUCUUAUAUAAACAAAUAUGGAGAACAAAGAUCGCGUAGAUUAUUCUCAUAUACAGUUGUAAGGUGCUAUAAAGUAUUCCUAGCCAGAAAAAACAUAUUAAGAAAGUGGCUCAAAGAUAUAUUUAAAAAAGGAUCGAAAAGGAUAUUAACGUUAGAAGAUAUUUACGAUCCUUUGAAGUGUAACGAAUCGGAAAGGCUUGGAGAUCUGUUAGAAAAAGAAUGGUGUCGCGAGUUGGAAAAAAUAGAAGAUAACGAAUAUUUAUUUAAAAAAUACGGUAAAAAAAAAUGUAACAAAAGUACAAGGCCGUCCAUACACAGAGCUAUAUUACGUGUAUUUGGAAAAAAAUAUUUAAUAUUAUCAAUAUUCAUAUUUAUACAGUGUAUAAUAUUAAAUCUGUUACAACCAAUUCUUCAAACAUGGAUCAUUAAUUAUUUCAAUGUUUCUUCAAGUUCGAAAACAAUAACGAAGAAACAAGUUAUUGGAUAUACAUUCGGUUUGAUCCUUGAUAUUGUUGCUACUGUUUUUGUUAAUCAUCAUACAUUUUUACGAAGUCGAGAAAUAGGAAUGCAAAUACGUGUUGCAUGCAGUUCUUUGAUAUACAGAAAGAUAUUACGGCUAGAUAAAAUAUCAUUAUUGCAAACAACUAGUGGUGGACAAAUAAUUAAUAUUCUAAGCAAUGAUAUGAGUCGUUUUGAUGUAGUAAGUCCUUAUCUGCAUUACGUAUAUAUUGCACCAAUUCAGUUCAUAGCAACAACGUUAAUAAUGUGGUCAAUGGUUGGGAAUUCAGUAUUUAUUGCUAUCGGAUGUUUUUUAUUGCUCUCUUUACCAAUUCAAGGAUAUUUCCCAAUACUAAGUAAUCGUGUAAGAGCAAGUAUAGCAGUAUUAACGGAUAAAAGGAUACAACUUAUGAGCGAAUUUAUAAAUGGCAUACAGGUGAUCAAAAUGUAUUGCUGGGAAAAUCUGUUCGGUAAAUUUUUGAUGGAAACACGUAUCGCGGAAAUAAAAAAAAUUCGACUCGCCGCGUUAAUUCGAGCAUUGUCUCUGGCAAUGUUAAUUUAUACUGAAAGAAUCGCACUAUUUGUUUUUAUGGUAACGUACGCUCUUAUAAAUGGGACUUUAAAUCCUGAGUAUACAUAUCUUUUGGCAACAUUCAUCAACAUAAUACAAUUAACAUUAUGCAUGUUUACUCUACAAGGUUUAAUGUUAUGGAACGAGACUAAAAUAAGUAUCGAUAGAAUUCAGGAAUUUUUAAUGUUGGACGAAGUAACAUCAACUACUGAAACAUCAUGGAUGAAAGCGAAAUAUAAAAAACGAAGAUAUAAAAAUGACUUAGAGAGUUGUAGGAUCAUUUUGAAGAAUGAAGAAAUAGGAAUGAACGUCGAACCGAUUAAACCGGCAUCCAUUCAGUUAAUUAGGGUGUCAGCAAACUGGGUGUCUAAUAAAUUACCACCGACUUUGUGUAAUGUUAAUUUGAAAGUGGAUUCAGGCCAACUUUGUAUUUUGUUUGGUCAAGUUGGCGCAGGGAAAACGUCCCUUUUUUACGUACUUUUGAAAGAAUUACCUUUGGGUGCUGGAACUAUAAAUAUUCUUCGAAACACGAAAACAAAAGUGGAAUCACAAAAUGACUUACAAGACUACUUCAUCGAUAAUUCAAAUAUUAACAUUUCUUAUGCCUCGCAAGAACCAUGGCUUUUUGAUGGAACCAUCAAAGAAAAUAUUCUUUUUGGUCAAACAUACGAUGAGAGAAGAUACAUGGAUGUAACACGAGUAUGUGCCUUGAAUAAGGAUUUUCAGCUAUUACCACAAGGGGAUAUGUCUUUCGUUGGAGAAAAAGGAGUCAUGUUAUCCGGUGGACAAAAAGCACGCAUCAAUUUGGCAAGAGCUGUCUAUAAACAAGCAGAUAUUUAUUUACUGGAUGAUCCAUUGAGUGCAGUAGAUGCAAAAGUUGCUCGACAUAUUUUUACAAAAUGCAUCAGCGAAUAUCUUCGUGGUACUACGAGGAUAUUGGCAACCCAUCAAUUACAAUUCCUUAAAUCUUCGGAUAUCAUAGUGGCAUUGGAUCAAGGUUCAGUCAAAAUGAAAGGAAGUUACAACGAAUUAAUUAAAAAUAACGAUGAGUUUGCAAAAAUGAUCAGUCAGAUCAAAAUGAACCAAGAACGAAACAAACUCAAGGAGGAUUCAGGUGAAAAACUUUUCGGUCAUAUCAGAGGUAGCAUUAGAAGAAAGGCCUCUAUUAAAUCAGAAAAUAGUUCAAUCUUGGAAUCGGAAUAUGGUGAUUAUAAAAUUGGAUUUUCGGAUGAACCAGAAGAAUUAGUUCCAAUAAACAAUAUUCCUUGGACAUUACAUAUCCAAUAUUUACGAUAUGGUGCUAAUUGGCUGUUUUUAUCUGCAUUUAUAAUAAUUACAAUUAUAUCACAAAUUGCUACUAGCGGCACUGACUAUUGGGGUUCUUACUGGACGAAUUUAGAAACCUUAAGACAACUUGAAAAUCAAAGUUCAAUCAUGAAUAAAGGAUAUAGAUUUUCAAAUGGAGAAAAUAAUACGAUGUCGAGUUUUCUAUCGAUUGAUAGUGCUGGAUAUUUAACGACUAAAUCUGCUAUAUAUGUUUAUACAAUAAUUAUUAUUAUUUGUACAGUUCUAAUCCUAUUACGCAACAUUUAUUUUAUGGAACUUUGCACGAUCGCUUCUCGUAAAAUUCAUGAUAUAACAUUUAACAAUAUUUUACGAACUAAUAUGCGUUUUUUCCAUAUGAAUCCUUCCGGAAGAAUUCUGAAUAGAUUUUCGAAAGAUGUUGGAGCAUUAGAUGAAUUACUACCAAGGCCAAUGUUAGAAGUAAUACAAGUUGGUGUAAUUAGUUGUGGUAUUAUUGUCAUAGAACUGAUUAUAAAUUAUUGGACAAUUUUACCAUUUAUUAUAUUAGGUGCUGCGGCUUAUUUCGUGAGAUCCUUAUAUACUAAAACCAUACAAGGUAUUAAAUGCUGCGAAGGAUUAAGUAGAAGUCCAAUAUAUUGUCACGUAAAUUCAACUGUAACUGGAUUGUCAACAAUAAGAAGUAGCGGUAAAGAGACACAAGAUUUGUUGAAGAAAAAAUUUGACCAUUUACAAAAUAAACAUACUGGCAGCUGGCAUCUUUUGAUAACAACGUCAACAUUUCUUGGUUUAAUUUUCGACCUAUUGUCAAGCAUUUUUAUAGCUUCUAUUUGUUUUGGUUUUAUACUUAUAAAAAAAGAUAGCAUAUUAGGUGGAGAAGUAGGUUUGGCGAUAUCACAAUCCCUUAUUAUAAUUGGCAUGUUUCAAUAUGGUAUAAAACAAUCUGUCGAAGUAUUCAUUCAAAUGUCAUCUGUAGAAAGAAUUUUCCAAUAUACUGAUCUUCCUAAAGAAGAAUCUUUGAAACCMACGAAUCCUGUACCACCGACAUGGCCAACGCAAGGCCAAAUAAUAUUUAAAAAUGUUUAUAUGAGGUACAAUUCAAAUGAGCCACCUGUUUUAAAGAAUCUAACAGUUACGAUAGAAGCAGGAUGGAAAGUUGGUAUCGUUGGAAGAACAGGUGCUGGAAAAUCUUCAUUAAUAAGUGCACUCUUUCGUCUUUUUUCCGAGGGUCUAGAUGGAGAGAUAAUAAUUGAUGGUAUAGAUACAAGUACAAUAAGUCUACAAGAYUUACGUUCUCGAAUAUCCAUCAUACCACAAGAACCRAUUCUUUUUGCUGCAACCUUGAGAUAUAAUUUGGAUCCAUUUAAUGAAUACGACGAUGCAGCUCUUUGGAAUGUUCUUCGAGAAGUCGAAUUAAAUGAUAUUGGUAUAAAUGAUCAAAUUAUUGCAAACGGUAACAAUUUGAGUGUUGGCCAAAAACAAYUGAUAUGUUUGGCUAGAAGUAUWCURAGAAAAAAUCGAAUUAUAGUCUUGGAUGAGGCAACUGCAAAUAUUGAUUCGCAUACCGAYGAAUUGAUACAACGUACUUUGAGAACUAAAUUUGCGGAUUGUACUGUUCUUACAAUAGCUCAUCGUUUGAAUACUAUUAUUGAUAGUAAUCGUAUUUUAGUAAUGGAUGCUGGARAAAUUGCGGAAUUUGGUAUUCCUUAUGAACUAUUGCAUGAUAAACCUAAUGGUUUGUUUACUCAAAUGGUGAAAAAUACAGGACGUAUAAUGUCUAAAAAUCUUUUACAGCAAGCAGAAAUGGCUUACCGACGGAAUUCUUUACAAAAUAGUCUUAAAUUAUCUACGAGUUCUUUCAAUGUAAAUGACUUAUCAUUUCACGAUAAUGAUGAAUAUAUAUGAACCAAAAGGAAGAUAAAAGUCAUAUUUUUACUUAGUUUUCAUUCAUUUAAAUAAUAUAAGGCUUAUAAAUAUAUUUA